CGGCGGGGCUGCAGCCGGAGCCGGAGCCUCAGUCGGUGUCGGGAGCCGGAGCCGCUGGGGCCAUGGGCUGGCGGGCGGGGGCCGCCGCUCUGCGCACCCAGCCUGCCGCGCGCUAGCGAGCCGCCGGGGAAGAUGGCGGAGAGGCUGGAAUGGGUGGAAAUCAUAGAGCCUCGAACCCGGGAGCGCAUGUACGCCAACCUCAUCACAGGGGAGUGUGUGUGGGAUCCGCCCGCUGGCGUCCGCAUAAAGCGCACCAACGAGAACCAGUGGUGGGAACUGUUUGACCCGAACACCUCACGGUUCUACUACUACAAUGCCACCACCCAGCGGACCGUAUGGCACCGACCGCAGAAUUGUGACAUUAUCCCGCUGGCCAAGCUACAGACCCUGAAGCAGAACACCGAGUCGCCGAGGGCCUCCACAGAGAACAGCCCUGGGCGGAGCAGCAAUGUCAGCAGGGAGGGCAGCACCAGCUCCUCCCUGGAGCAGGAGCUGGAGGGCAGCGAGAAGGUGCAGGAUCAGACGAGGUCAAACCGUCAGUCAGCCCAGUUCGCUGUAGUGAAAGAAGAACCAGAAAGUUCUUCACCUCCCGGAGUGUUUGAGAAAGAAUAUGAAAUAUACCGGGAUUACAAUGCAGAAGGUCAACUUCUCCACUACAGGACGUCCUCCCUGCGAUGGAACACCGGCACCAAGGAGCGCAUGCUGAUCAAGGUGACGGACCGCGAGCCGAGCUUCCUCAUGCACCAGGGCAACGGCUACACCACCGACAACCAGCAGGGGACCCGCUCACGGAGGCCGUCAGGGGGCCAGCAGUCCCCGAACCUGCAGACGUUUGCCCCUGACACUGACAACUCCGUCUUCUUCCCUGAGAGGAAGCAGUCUCCCUUCUUGAAAAGGGCUGACCACGUGGGCAGCUGCUCCCCGCUGCUCAGUCGGGGGGAUUCAUUCUGCUCCCCGCUCCAGUCCCAGCACCGGAAGCAUUCGAGUGAGUCCCAGCCAUCUUCUCCUCGCUACGCCUACGAGCCCCCCUUGUACGAGGAGCCCCCCAUGGAGUACCAGGCCCCCAUUUAUGACGAGCCCCCAGUGGACAUGCAGUAUGAAGCCAGCGGCAACUACAAGGCGGGCUCCCCGCAGAAAUCGCCCAUCCGCAAACCCCACCCCUUCUUGCAGUCGCCCAAGCAAGGCCCCAACUCCCCCUACCAGCAGCUGGUGCUGACCAAACAGAAAUGCCCUGAGCGGUUCAUGAGUCUGGAGUACAGCCCUGCAGGCAAGGAGUAUGUAAGGCAGCUGGUUUACGUGGAGCAGUCCGGUUCCAGCCCCAAGCUGAAAACGGGCCUGCGACACAAAUACUCCCCCAACCCCAUAGGUGGCUCGUACUCACUGCAACACAGCCCCUGCUUGGUGAGGGAUCAGCGCCUGGAGAUCAAGUCUGGGGACUACAGCAGCAUGGAAGGGGCUGACUUCCGACACAGCCAGCCCGUGAACCAGGCCUCCCAGGGGGAAGACUCCAUGUCAUGGUCCAGUCAGCAGGACACCAUGUCUUCUACAGGGUACUCACCGAGCACCAGGAAAAGGAAAAGCAGGAAGCCCUCCCUGUCCCACGACCCCAACACCUCCUCGACGGAUGGCUCGGGGGAUCGGGAGGCGCUCAACGAGCCGCUGAUGGCAGAGGAGAGGCCCAUGCCCGGCACUUACAGGCCCCAGAUGAACCGCACAGAGAGCAAAUCCAUUGAGGCUGAGGCAGUGCGGGGCUUCCCGGAGCCCUUCCUGGCCCAGGCCCGGCUGGCAUGGGAGGCGCAGCAGGCUCACUACCACAUGAAGCAGCGGAGCAGCUGGGAUUCCCAGAAGGACGGCUCAGGCUAUGAGAGCGAUGGCGCCUUGCCUUUACCUAUGCCCGGCCCCGUGGUGCGGGCCUUCAGCGAGGAUGAGGCCCUGGCCCAGCAGGAGAGCAAGCACUGGAAGAGGAAUACCUUUGAGAAGUUGGGGUUCCCUCAGAUCCUGCUGGAGAAGAGUGUGUCUGUGCAGACCAACCUGGCUUCUCCAGAGCCCUACCUGCAUCCAUCUCAGUCGGAGGAUCUUGGUGCCUGUGCCCAGUUUGAGAGCAGCAGACAGAACAGAAAUAUGAUGCCUAGUGCCAGCUGUGUCUUCCCUACCUUCACCCUACGAAAGCCCUCCUCGGAGACGGACAUUGAGAACUGGGCCUCCAAGCACUUCAACAAGCACACCCAAGGGCUCUUCCGGAGGAAGGUCUCCAUUGCCAACAUGCUGGCCUGGAGCAGCGAGUCCAUCAAGAAGCCCAUGAUCAUGACCACCGACCGCAACGUCAAGAAGGAAGCCUGUGAGAUAUUUAAACUGAUUCAGAUGUACAUGGGGGACCGGCGGGCCAAGGCGGAUCAACUCAACGUGGCUUUGGAGAUCGCCACCAAGGGCUGGAGCAUGCAGGGUCUGAGGGACGAGCUGUACAUCCAGCUUUGCCGGCAGACCACUGAGAACUUCCGUUAUGAGAGUCUGGCACGGGGCUGGGAGCUAAUGGCUAUUUGCCUGGCCUUCUUCCCACCCACUCCCAAAUUCCAUUCCUACCUAGAAGGAUAUAUUUACCGGCACAUGGAUCCGGUGAAUGACACCAAAGUGACUCAGCACAUUAAAGAGCUCCUGGAAAGGAACAGUAAGAAGAAAUCCAAAUUGAGAAAGAAACCCAAGCCCUAUAUCGAAGAGCAUGAUGGGGUGGCAAUAAGCACUUACGCCAAGUACUGUUACAACAAGCUCCAGAAAGCAGCCUUGACAGGAGCAAAGAAGGGCCUGAAGAAGCCGAAUAUUGAGGAGAUCCGGCAUGCAAAGAACGCAGUGUUCAGCCCCUCCAUGUUCGGGAGCUCCCUGCAGGAGAUCAUGAACAUGCAGAAGGAGAGGUACCCGGAUCGGCAGCUCCCCUGGGUACAAACCAGACUGUCUGAGGAAGUGCUGGCGCUGAAUGGAGACCAGACCGAGGGCAUCUUCAGAGUGCCUGGAGAUAUCGAUGAGGUCAACGCCCUCAAACUGCAGGUCGAUCAGUGGAAAAUCCCCACCGGCUUGGAAGACCCUCAUGUUCCUGCGUCGUUGCUGAAGCUCUGGUACCGGGAGCUGGAGGAGCCGCUGAUUCCCCACGAGUUCUACGAACAGUGCAUCACCCACUACGAGAACCCAGAGGCAGCCAUCGCAGUCAUCCACUCCUUGCCCAGGAUCAACAAAAUGGUGCUCUGCUACCUCAUCCGCUUCCUACAGGUGUUCGUGCAGCCGGCUAACGUGGCGGUCACCAAGAUGGACGUCAAUAACCUGGCCAUGGUGAUGGCCCCCAACUGCCUGCGUUGCCAGUCGGACGACCCGCGCAUCAUCUUCGAGAACACCAGGAAGGAAAUGUCCUUCAUCCGGGUGCUGAUCCAGCACCUGGACACCGGCUUCAUGGAGGGGGUCCUAUAGCGGCGAGCCGGGGGAGGCGCCCAAACCAAAUCUGACGACGACCACGACCCACCCAACCCCCAGGUCAAUCAGCCGACGAGUGCGAGCCAGACACCGCCAAGGGAAGGACUGGGCAGCCCUGGGCAGGGCCUCUCGUCCCCGUCACACCAUGUCCCCUAGCGCCAUGUCGACCUGGCCUAGUCCCGCCUCUCUCGCCCCAGCAUCUCUCGUCAUCCUUUGCCCUCCGGUGUCAUACAGGAAGUGGUGGCGGGAUCCCGCCAGUGCUCCUGGCCAAGUGACAGCCGCCCUCCCCUGAACCAGACCUCUGGAGAUGUCGCUGCCCAUUCCCCCAGCCAAGCCGCCGUGGGGCAGCCUGCAGGGUUAGCCUGGCAUGGCGGCCCCCUGCAGGUGAGGCUCGGGAGUCCUGCCUGGCGUCCUGGGCCUGCAGCCACUAUGCGGAUGUGGGAUGCCGGGCCUUGCCCCCGCGCUCUCGCAGACAGGCGUCCAGGAGAGCCACUCCCAGCACGGGCUGAAGCUGCCACGUGCUUCCUAGGGGAGGGGGGCGUUUAAGAUGGCAGCGUGGAUGGAGAGGGAGAUCAGAAUAAGCCAGCGAGCAUCACCAAUGCUCCUGCCCUGGGGCCAGCGCUGGCUGGGAGGGUGGGUAGGACAGUCUCCAGGCAGGGACCGCAGAGUGGGUAUUUGCAGCAGUCCCACCCAGCCUGGGAGCUAGGGGAUAUCUGGCGGGAACAUUCAUGUGGAAUAGGGUAUGGAUCUGUCUGGUAGGCUAAAACCCCUUGGUAGGAAGGGGUCUAAGCCCCAUGCCGGCCCCAUCAGCCCAGCCCCCCAGUGAGAAGAGGGACCCCUUUAUGGCAGGAGGAGGGGGCCAAAACCAACUCCAAGUUCUCAGGGCAAAGCUUUUGGUCAGGCGUCUCCGUGACCCAGAGCCGUUUGCAGCCGGUGAUGUCACUUCCCCUUCCUUUCCUCCUCUUCAUCAGCUGCUUGUAAGCCCAGAUCUGAUGGCAGCGUCUGUUGAGAGGGGCUGGGAGGGCGGGUUGUCGACUGAGCAGUGAUUGAUUCUCAAACCCUGAGACCUACCAGCCCUUUCUAGACAGGAUCUCUACGCCUUGAACGUAACCCCGCGCGGGGAGGCUCAGGGCAGGGCAGAAAGCUCUGACUGCAGCUGUUUUGUCCUGGUGUUCGAUUCACGCUCCCGGGUGCUGCCUGGGCUCCCGUUCCAGAGCAGGACAGCCAGGAGGGGCCGGGCUUCAUUUGCCAUUUGGGCUGCGGCUGGCGCAGGGUUCGGCUACGUCUCAUCAAACCCACAACCCGAGCUAGAAGGGGAUUGUCCCCGGCUUUUCCUGACUCCCCUCAGCAGUGAGCUGCUCCUAGAGCAGGCAACAGUGCUUAGCCCGAGCCGGCAGAGGGUGUGUGUCCCAUCGGCUCCACCUGCAGACGAUGGAUUAACCAUCAGCCGGGGAUAGAAGAAUGACCAUCCUGUGUAUGGGUAGGGCGAGUUCACUUCCUGGGUAUUUUUGCCCAUGUGGCCCAUGCAUCAGCAAUAACUCCAUCACUGAUUUCCAAGACAACAUCUGCUCGGUUUCUCAACCCAGACAAGGCUGGCGCUGGCCGGCGCUGCGUGCGGCAGGUCAGGCCCCGGCUCGCUGGGCCCCAGCACCGUCAGCUCAGCCCCGCGGAGGAGAGUUGUUUUGAGCAGGGUGCCACUGGAAGAGACGUGCUGUCGGGAGUGGGUGUGGAGAGUGCCAAGGAGCUGGUGUAACAGCAGCACCCGGCGUGCCAAACCCUUCCACUGUAGCAAUCUCCCGCCUGGGCCGUGUCAUGGCUGGAUUCUGCCGCAUCGGCCAGGGCAAGGAGGCUGCCAUGCUGAACCAUGGCAAAGAGCAAGGCCUUUAAAGCACUAUUGGUGGAAGUGCUGGCUCCUGAAGGCAGAGAGAGACCGAGGGGUUCUCUCCUGCUGCCAGACAAUGAAAAUUUGGGUCAAGCUUGUGAAAAUCCCACCUGGCAACACGUUCUGGAUGGCCCCUGGCAUCAGCCCCAGCGAGGCGUCGUGGGCUUCGGGAUCACCGGCUCGGAGGGCUCUGGGACCCAUGGCGGAGCUGAAGCCAUCAGCAGUGCCACUUUUCUCUCUUCCUUGCCCUCCGGAGGGUCUCCAAGGCUGAUGGCUGCCGUUGCUCUGUGGGAGCUGGGAGGCUGGUGGGAAAUGGUUACAAUCCAGCUAGUUCCCUCCCCUCGAGGGGCUCUCCUUGGGACAGUCAGGACCGAUGCAGGCUGGACUCGGGUCUCUGAAAGUAGCUCUGGCGUCUCCGCCUCCCCAUCUGACAGGGGCAAAAUCCCUUCUUGUCGAGCCGCCUGGCGAGUCUGAAAUGCCCACCUGAGCCCCAGCAUCUCCACGCUCCGGUGCCUUCUGCAGUCGGCCCCUUGCCCAGCUGCCACCCCCAGGCCUGCGCUCGAGCAGAUCUCCAGCUCUAUCCGCCUUGACCUGAGGCCGGUUCCCUCCUAAGGGUCUGAUGGCCUUUAUGGUUCACGUGUAUUAAAAUGGAUUCAGCUCAGGACGCAAUCAAACCAGCCCCUGAGCAGUGGCACUGGCCUGAGUCUCUGAGGAUCUGCAGUGCACCGCCCCCUAUCCCUGUUUUUAGAGCGCUCCCCAGUUUAACCCUGAGCUCCUGGCCCGUGCCCCCCACCCCCUGCAGGAGAGUUAACCCCUUGGCUGCUGGUGCUCAGGCAGGGACUCUGUGCCCUACCACCUAGGUUUACAUUUCUCCCCGUUAACUCUCUUCUCCCCAGCCUCUCUCCCAGCUCUGCUCUUUAACCGGCAGCCCUCCUUCCUUCGGAUCUCAGCGGAGGAACUGGGUGUUCGGUCUGACCUCUGUUUGCUUGGUGAUUCCUGUUAAUGCUGGGAAUCAGACGCUUGGCAGCAGCAAGACAGAGUGUGUGUGUGUGUGUGACCGACCUGCAUUCCGUCUGCCAGCCACAAGGAUUUCACUUCACAGUGCCAAGGGACCUCUACCUCCUGGGGGACCCAUCCAGUGACAGGUCCCCCACGCUGGAUUCCUCCUCAGCCUCUGUUUCCCGAUCAGCUCGGUUCAGCAUUCAGCUGGGAUGGUUCCCCCAUCUCACCCCGGACAGCCGGAGCAUGGACAGCCCAAGUCUGCUUGCCCCGGGGACCUGAGCCCACAGGCCCCUCCUGCCUCGCUGAGACCUUGUUUUCAUCUCACACUGCCAUCAGUCUGUGGCAGGCGGCGGGGUCCUCGGUGCUGCUCAGCCUGGGGCAGCGUGCAAUGGCUGGGUGCCCCAGCAGCAGGCGCUCUAGGGAGCCGUGAGCUCACCGACAUGCCAGCCGUGCAGUGUCCUCAGCCACACUCCAGGACAUCCUUGUGGCUCACCAGGAGAGAGAACUGCAAAGGGUCCUGGGUGGAGAGCCCCAUCCCCCACCCGAGGGGUCUCUGCAGAGCCCCAGAGAGUCUGGCUGAGUGUCUAUACCUUGGAUGUCAGGUUGAUGCCAAAGCCCUGGAUGCAAGGAGCAGAGUGCAGUGCAUACCCGCUGUGUGUCCCACGGCGCUGGGGUGCGUCAGGGGCCUCUGGCCUGCCGUCUGUGGCUCCCACCCCCACAGGAACAACGGGCUGCUCUCUGGGACUGAAACUGCUGUGUAGGGGCAGCGCACAGCACCGGUGGGGCCAGUCACACAUGGUCAGGCAGGAGAGUCCAGCCGGGAUUGUCCUGCCCUCCCUGCCACGCUGGGAACAUCCCCCUCUCCGGGACAGGGAAGGAGUGACCCCUGCUGGUAGAGACAGGCUGAGCUUGAACAGGGUCAGGCCACAGAAGCAAGAAGUCGGAUCUAGCCAUCCGUCGUCUCGGGUAUUUCUCAUGUGCUGUCACUGCGUGACUAAGUGCCAAGAACACUCAAUAGCGUAGCGCUAACAUUGCCCACUGGGCCCUCACUCGUCAUUCUCCAGGAUUCAUUCACUGAUAUGAUAAAUCUUUCUUUUCCUUCUCUCAUCUCCUCCUCGUCACCUGGCCACGAAGAAGGCUUCCCAUUGAGUGUCAAACACGCUCAGGCUUGGGCUGGCUCUCCUGUGGUGAGGAGUUCCACAGUCCGCCAAGGAGGCUGUGCCCAAAGACCGGCAGUUCUUCCAGCCUGGAGGAGGGGCCUCAUGUCACACUGCUUCCUGGCUGGCAGCUUUGAGCUUCUGGUUAGUUACUUCCCUACAGCCUCCUUGGGGAAGGGAGUCCCUGGGAACUCGCCAGCAGUUGGGCUGAUAAGAGAUUAACCCCUUGGUGUUUUCACAGCUUCCCACCAGUCCCUCCCUCCAGCCUUUCUCGGAGAAAGGGAAAGAGACAGUCAAACCAUCCCAGCGAGCCUGUUCCUCGGAGAGAUGAUGGCCAUCAGGGAACCUGCUGGGGGAGGGACGGGGUCCAACCCCAUGCACAUGAACCCCACAGCCUUGGACGAUGGCAGGGACAGGUGUGCCGAGCUGGAGCCCAGACGCGCCGUGAUUCCCUCCAUGCAGCUAUAAAGAGCAAGUGCCUUCAGCUCCCCGAGAGAGCUCCCCGAGAGAGCCGGCCCCAGCAGCAACCGCCCUCCCUGCCCACACCCCUGCCGGGAAAGGAGUGAGAGACACAGGUGCUGUGAGGACCCUGAGCAGCCCAGCAGUGCUCCUGGCAACUCUGCAGUGGCUGGUGCUUUCGUCCUCGGUCUCGCUGAGGUCCCAGACCCUCCUGGGGAACCUCUGGGACGGAUUAACUAACCCCUUUUGUGUCUCCAACCUUCCCUGAUUCCUCGCGCCCCCCCCCAUCUCAGCUGGGGUCUCUUUGGCCUGGGCUUCUCUUGUCCAGUCCGACAGUGAGAUUUCAUCCCUUCCUACCUGAACGGUUUUUCUUGCCACUCACGUGGACGCGUUGCCAGAUGAUGUGUUCCAGCCAUUUGCCGGAGCCCAGGCAGUGCAGAGCACCCCUGGCCCCCGCCAGAGAGGAAAGGAGCGGAAAGCACCUGCACCUUGCUGGAGGAAACCCAGGGGUGCUGUACCCAGCUCAACAAGGGCUUUCAGGUGUGUCCCUGCAAGUCCCAGGGAGUCGUUCCCUGGACGCCAGUGGGCUGUUCCCGGGGGUGAGGAGAGCAGGUCAUCCCAAGGGGUAGUGCCCCCAGCCCGGCUCCCAGGGUGCUGCUUGCUGGGGUGACUUGGCCAUUCCCCAUACUGUGCUGGGUCAGUGCUAGCAGCACUUUAACUUUGGGCUCAGCCAUUUCCGCCCCCCAGGACUUGGAAUGAGAAGUGGAUUUCACUGGGCUGGGCCUGGACAAACCCUCUCAGCUGUGUGACUGAUCCGUACCCUGGGGAGCCUCUGGUCAGUUUGCCCCCGGCCUGCCAUGUCUGGCCUGUUUCCCUAGGUCCACCUGGCAAUUCAAAACCUAC